GUCGCACUCAGCGGCACAAACACACACGCUCACACACACACGCUCACACACACACGCUCACACGCUCUCACACUCUGACUGGCCGACGCGUUUCUUCUCUCCUGUGCGUUUGGGCUGACAGCGGAGAAUGACAGCAGCUGUCAUGAGACACAACCCGCCAGUCAAAUGGUGAGGCAACACGCACACACACACACACACACACACUCACAGGGACAUAGAGGUACACCCAUCCUGCAACUCACAUGAGGAAUGAAAUGAGAGAAGGGAGCCGGCAGCAGCACACAGGUCUGUCCCGGGCGCGCCGCCCGCGCCGCCGCCGUGCCGUCAUGAGACGGUCCGCCGCGCUCAGAUAGACAGGAGCGUAGUUCUGUGCACAGCAUGGGUAACACACUUAGCCAAGAAGACAUCUCUCCUGCUGAGCUGGACGCUCUUUGGAGGGAACCACCAUAUACCCUCGGGGGAGCAAAUGAACACUUCUCAGGAAAUGACAUCAUGACUCAAGGUGAAGGUGAGGAGGACGGCAUUCCAGUGGCGGAGUCAUGUGAAGGAGGGGCGGCGCCCGACAACUACUGGAAGAAGAAGGCGGCCCUGAGAGGAAGCACUGUGUCACUGGGAGGGAAAUUCUCCACAGACAUCGAGCUGCUGUUCACCGGGCGGCGGCGCUCCGGCGAGGACCCCGACGGGGCCCUGCAGGAGUCGCUGCGCACCCGACUCCGAGUGGUGGAGAGCAACAGCCAGGACGUCAUCCAGCUCUUCAAGGACCUGUCGGCGCGUCUGGUGUCCAUCCACGCUGAGAAGGAUAGCUUCGUGCUCACGUUCAAGACCGUGGAGGAAAUCUGGAAGUUUUCUACUUACCUAGCAUUAGGUUACGUGGCCCGCUGCUUGGAGAACUUCCUGUGUGAUCAGUCCUUCUGGCUGGAUCCAGAGCUGCUCAGUGACCUGCAGAUCAAUGUCAGCGUGGACGAGGAUCGACUGGCCACCCUCUACCUGGGACUGUUACUGCAGGAGGGCUCUUUCUUCGCCAAGGCGUUGUUCACAAGGACGGAUUAUAACAAGGACGACGAAGAGCAGCUGUCGUUCAAAAAGAACGAUUUGCUGAUGGUGAGGGACACGGGGCAGGAGAGCAUGGGGGAGGGCACCAUGCUCUCCACAGGAAACCACGGCCUAGUGCCAGUCAACGCCAUGCAGCCGCUGCCGUACCCCUUCUACCAAUGGUUCCUGAGGAACUACCCGGUCAAUGUUGGAUGCUCGCCAGCAGAAAAGGAACCAUACGAACAUGCUAUUGUGACAGGUUCCUGUGCAGCUGUGGUCGACUACAGUCCAGUUGGCCCGGAUGAACUUCAGCUGAGCCAAGGAGACAUUGUGGAGAUCCAGGGUCUUCUGGUCCGAGGCCUGGAUGUGUUCAUAGCAACGCACGCUUCCACGGGUCACACUGGUUUCGUACACAAGGUCCACGUCAAGCCUCUGGACACCGUACCCCUGGACAGACGGCUAGUCUUUCUGACUGCCGAGGAGAGGGCGAGCCUCGCUCAGGUCAACCCCUGCAGCUCCGAGCCAAGUGACAACGGCCUGCUGGAGAGACUCUUCUCGUCCGACAUCAGCUCCGUGUACAGGCUAGACAGGCUGGAUGAGACAGACUUCCUGUACAUCAGAAAACGGCCAACACACGAUCACAAGAUCCCUGCCAGCACCCGUCACAGUGUCAUGUCAGAGAAAAGUGAAGGCGCCUCCACCUACCUGUCCUCUCCUCGCACCUCUGUCUCUCUUCCCUCCCCUCGCCUCUCCUUCUAUCAGUCCCACAAUCCCCUGCCUCGCGAGGGCGAGCGUCUGUCCUUCCAUGUGGACGACACAUUCAAGGAAAUGGAUGAGUUCCAGGAAGACCCACCGCUUUUCUUGGAGGAGAACAGCUGGGAGGGGGAGGACUCUGAGUUCAGUGACCCCACACUGACACUGCUCAACCAUGAACACUUCCAGGAAGACUUCCUGCCACUGUACGACCUGAAGUACUCCUUCCUCUGGGUGACCUUCAGUGGCAAGACUGAGGACGAGCUAUUGGGUCACCUUGAGAGUGUCAGGGAGAGCGCCAAGAGGAUGGGCCUGGACUGGGCACAUCGACGGGCAUGCUUCCUGUUGGGAAGACUCUGUGCCCGGAAGCUAAAGCUAUCCCAGGCCCGUGUGUACUACGAGGAGGCUCUCGGGGUUCGCGUGGACAGCUUCUCUGACACGCCGCUCCUCGUCGCUCUCUACACAAACCUCACCGCCGUCUACCUGAAGCAGCGUAUGACGGACAAGCUGCCCCAGACCCUGGAGAAGGCCAGCAGCCUGCUCCUCUGUCUCCCCUGCCACACCUUCACCUCCACGGACGAGGUGGAACUGCUGCAGCUGCUGUUGAGAAGGUCGGUGGUGACGGGGGACAAACACCUGGAGGCUCGCGUCUGCUACCUCAUCUCCACCCUCUUCCUGCUGCGCAGGAAGACCGAUGACGCCCUCCCCUUCGUUGAGCGACUCCAGUUCCUCUCGUUGACGCUCUCGGCCGCCGAAGGGCGCCCCAUAGUUCCUUUGGACCUCAACUGGCUCUUGAGCUGGCUCUAUCAUCGCAAAUACAUGCCGUACUUAGCGCUGGCCUCUCUGAGCCUGGACUCAAGGCAGGACCACUCACUUGACGAAGGUUUCAAGAAGAUCGAGUUGUUUAUCAGGAACUCUGUUCGCCUGAACCCGUGCUGGAAUGAAGGAACCUCCCUGCUUCCUGCCCAGAUAGUGAUUUACCUUCAGCAGGCCCUGAUUUUAGCAGAGCAAGCGGAGGACAUCAAGACACAGAGGGACCUGUGUCAGGGCUUGGCCACAGUCUACCAGCAGUACGACGAUCUAGACAGGGCGGUGCUGUGUGCUCAACAAGCUGUGGAGACGGGAGGCCACAUCAACGAGGAGGAGGGCUUCGAGGCCUCCGUGCUGCUCGGCUGGCUGCUGGUGUUGACGGGCCAGGCUGAGAGGGCCCAGAGCGUCCUGCAGCCACUGCUCACCUCACUACAGGGCACAGACAGUCCCACGCAGCGAGGGGUGAUCCACAACCUCUUGGCUCUGUGCAUGAGGCGGCAGGGUCGCAUCCCAGAGGCCGGCUGGCAUUUCCACUCUGCCUGUGUGAUCUCAAGGGAAAGUGGAAACCAGAGGAACCAGGCCCUGGCACUAGCCAACCUGGGCUGCCUGGCACUGGAUGUGGGGGCGCCUUUGGUGGCAGAACGUUUCUUGGUCAGAUCCCUGCAUCUUUUUCUGGAGCUGUGGGAAAGCCCUAUUGACGAAGAGCAUGUUCAGACUUACCUCUGGCUGGGGAGGAGCUACAAGGACAGGAGGAGGAGCCAGGACAGCAGGGCCUGUUAUGAAAUGGGGCUGCUAAUUGCUCUACAUGCCAGAAACUUACACAGUCGGAUGGUGGUGGCCAAGGUGCUGAGUCGUGUGUAUGCCGACAUGCUGCUGUACGGCCAGAGUAUCGUGUACUACGAGCACUGUGUGUCGGUGGCCAGGGAACUGAAGGACAAGAGACUAGAGGGAGAGUAUCUAGAAAUCCUCAGCAGCCUCUACCUCACACUCAACACGGAAAGAUCAUCUCGCAAAUCUCUGGACUACACCAAGCAGAGCCUAAGAAUUUCCAUCGAUUUAGGCAAGAGAGAGGAAGAGUCAGAGACCUGGCUGCAGGUGGGGCGCAUCUAUUACCUCAUCCAGGAGGACGAACUAGCGGAUAUGUACCUGCAGGCAGCAGUGAAGACCGCCCUGAGGAUGAAUGAUCAUCACUUCGCUUUGAGCAUCUACGAGGAGGCAGGAGACGUCUACUUCAAGGGCUCCAGGAACCGAAUGGCUUCGGUGCCUUUCUACAGGGAUGGCAGUCUUCCAUUUGCACGCAGCAUCAAGGACAUCCAUUCAGAGUUCCGUUUGCUGAGCAAACUGACAGAGCUGUUAAUGAACCAGGGAGAGCAGGAGGAGGCCUUGCAGUACGCAACACUGGCCGUUCAAAUCGCCGACAAAACAGGGUUGCACGUGAAUGAGAGGACAGCCUACCACCGGCUGGCUACCAUCUACUACAACCUGCAGCAGUACGAGUUGGCAGAAAACUACUACCUCAAGUCCCUGUCCUUCUGUCCGCCCUGGCUGCAGGACCCUCUGGAGGCUCGCUACUACACCAAGCUGUACUGCAGACUGGCCAACGUCACGCUGCACAGGCUGAAGGAUUCAUUUGACGCUGUGGGCUACUUCCAUUUGGCUCUGGCAGCGGCCCUGGAGGACCGAGCUAACCCAGAGGCUCUGUAUGUGGUGUACAUGAAGCUGGCCGAGAUCCACGGCAACCACUUGCCCGAUGAUCAGCUGUGCAGAGACUACAGAGACAGAGCCCAGAGUCUGAAGACAGUUCUGGCUGGAGAGGAAGGCGCUGCUGCUGAGGAGAACAUGAAGGACGUGGACACAGGGACGGGCCAAAAGACGGACAAGGACUCUGCUGCUGAUACGGAAAGUUUGCUGAGAACAAACUCGAGUUUCACUUCAACUGAAAAUGAAAAAUGUGAAGAUCACUUGCUUGUAAAUACUGGAAUAAUUCUGAGAGACACAGAGGACGGAUCCACAGACACUGCAAUUGGAGAUAAUCAAGUGAAUCGUGAUGGCGACGGCCCUCUUUUGGACCCCUUGGGGCCUGGGACAGAAACCACGACCAGUCACUCGUACAGUGACAGUAUUUUCACCGAGUCCUUUGAUACAGCCAAGGAGCAAAUCUCAGACUGCAGCACUUCCACCGACACUUUGCAAACUCACCAGAACCAAGCGGAUGAUAAAGACUUUGACACUGACUAUCACACGCCGAGUCAAGUACCUGAUCAUCUCCCAAGUGCAUCACAAGACACACAUUCUGAUGUUCAGGAUGAACAGAAAACUCCCUAAAGAAGCUCCCUAAUGAAAAUGCAGAUCCAAUUCAGAAAUGUGUCAGUCUUGAGAACAACAGGUGGGAACAGGGACUGUCGGCAUUGAAACCGAUGAAGCUGUGGAAGACUAAACAGAGAGAUGAGUGGGAAACAGGUGGACCUCGACUACGUCUACUCAGAGUGUUUCUUUAUGUUCUUCACUUACAUUUCCAGCGUCUGGUCAAAUGAUUUUGGACCAGCACAUUGACUCCGACGUUCCAGGCACAUUAUCAGUGACUGUAAAGCAUGUGCCUUUUUGUAUGAUGCACCCUGUGCUUGUUGCGGUUUACUCUGCCUGUCGUAUAUAUCUUUUUCUAAAUGUACAUUUUUGUAUCUCUGGAAGAUAUGACAAACAUAAAUAUUGUUAUUUUGAUGGCAAAGUGUUUAUUUGUUUUUCUAUCUCUUCAAAUAUAGGACAAAUACCUGGUACAAAGCAAAAGAAUAUGAAACAGCCAGAGCCAAACCAAUCAAGUGGUUUUCCUCAAAUAGGAGAACACGUUGCAUUUGUUUUUCUGCAGAUGUAAUAAAGACAUAAAGUGAGUAAUUCCCUGGAACUCAUUCAAAAUGGACAAGUGUCUCUUUGUACAGAGUCAAAUGGAACCCAGUGCAUUAAUUGUGGCUCACUGAUGUGGUCUUAAUAGCUUUCAGACACCAAUGGUGUUUUUUUAAUCAAAAAACAACUGUAUGAAUUAUUUCACAGGAGCGUCCUACGGGUUCUGAUAC